GGCGGAAGCGCAUGACUACCUAGCAGUCUACCCUUAGCGGAAGUUCGUCACGGCGCAGUUGCCUCCGUACAGCGGAUGUGUGUCGCUGCUUAAGUGACGCUGGGAAGCGCUUGCAGCCUUCGCCGCUGCCUUCUGGUUGAAGCACUAUGGAGGAAGAGAGAAGGAACAACAACAAACGGUGGUAUUUUACUCGAGAACAGCUGGAAAAUAGCCCAUCCCGUCGCUUUGGCGUGGACCCAGAUAAAGAACUUUCUUAUCGUCAGCAGGCGGCCAAUCUGCUCCAGGACAUGGGACAACGUCUUAACGUCUCACAAUUGACCAUCAACACUGCUAUCGUAUACAUGCAUCGAUUCUACAUGAUUCAGUCCUUUACACAGUUCCAUCGAAAUUCUGUGGCUCCAGCGGCCUUAUUUCUAGCAGCUAAAGUAGAAGAACAGCCCAAAAAAUUGGAACAUGUCAUCAAGGUAGCACAUACUUGUCUUCAUCCACAGGAAUCACUUCCCGAUACUAGAAGUGAGGCUUACUUGCAACAAGUUCAAGAUCUAGUGAUAUUAGAAAGCAUAAUUCUGCAGACAUUAGGCUUUGAACUAACAAUUGAUCACCCACAUACACAUGUGGUAAAGUGUACUCAACUUGUUCGAGCAAGCAAGGACUUAGCACAGACUUCUUACUUCAUGGCAACCAACAGCCUGCAUUUGACCACAUUUAGCCUGCAGUACACACCUCCUGUAGUGGCCUGUGUCUGCAUUCAUCUGGCUUGCAAGUGGUCCAACUGGGAGAUCCCAGUCUCAACUGAUGGGAAGCACUGGUGGGAGUAUGUUGACGGCACUGUGACCUUGGAACUUUUAGAUGAACUGACACAUGAAUUUCUACAGAUUCUGGAGAAAACCCCCAACAGGCUCAAACGAAUUCGGAAUUGGAGGGCAUGCCAGGCUGCCAGGAAAACAAAAACAGAUGACCGAGGAGCAGAUGCAAACACUUCGGAGCAGACAAUCCUUAAUAUGAUUUCCCAAAGCUCUUCAGACACAACUAUUGCAGGUUUAAUGAGCAUGUCAACUUCUUCUACCACAAGUGCAGUGCCUUCCCUUACAGCCACUGAAGAGUCAUCAAGCAACAUAAGCAGUAUGGAGAUGUUGCAGGGCGAGCGUUGGCUGUCCUCCCAAACUCCUUUUAAACUAGAAUCUGCUCAGGGUCAUCGGACUAGUGAGAAUGUAGCACUUAUAGGAGUUGAUCAUUCCUUGCAACAGGAUAGUACAAAUGCAUUUAUUUCCCAGAAGCAGAAUAGUAAGAGUGUGCCGUCAGCUAAAGUAUCACUAAAAGAAUACCGUGCAAAGCAUGCAGAAGAGUUGGCUGCCCAGAAGAGGCAACUGGAGAACAUGGAGGCCAAUGUGAAGUCACAGUAUGCGUAUGCUGCCCAGAAUCUCUUGUCUCAACAUGAUAGCCAUUCUUCGGUCAUUCUAAAAAUGCCCAUAGAGGGCUCAGAAAAUCCUGAGCGGCCUUUUCUGGAAAAGGCUGACAAAACAGCUCUCAAAAUGAGAAUUCCAGUGGCAAGUGGAGAUAAAGCUGCCUCUUCAAAACCAGAUGAGAUAAAAAUGCGCAUUAAAGUCCAUGCAGCAGCUGACAAGCACAAUUCUGUGGAUGAUAGUAUCACAAAGAGCCGAGAGCACAAAGAAAAGCACAAGACUCACCCAUCUAAUCAUCAUCAUCAUCAUAAUCACCAUUCACACAAGCACUCUCACUCACAGCUUCCAGCUGGUACUGGGAACAAACGGCCAAGUGAUCCAAAACAUAGUAGCCAGACAAGCUCCUUAGCACACAAAACCUAUAGCUUGUCUAGUUCUUUCUCCUCUUCCAGUUCUGCUCGUAAAAGGGGUCUCCCUGAAGAGACUGGAGGGGCAAUGUUUGAUCAUCCAGCCAAGAUUGCCAAGAGUACUAAAUCCUCUUCCAUAAAUUUAUCCUUCCCUCCUCUUCCUACAGUGGCCCAGUUGCCUGGGCAUAGCUCAGACACAAGUGGUCUUCAGUUUUCACAGCCCAGCUGUAAAACUCGAGUUCCUCAUAUGAAACUGGAUAAAGGCCCUGCUGGGGCCAAUGGUCACAACACAACCCAGACAAUAGAUUAUCAAGAUACUGUGAAUAUGCUUCACUCCCUUCUCAGUGCCCAGGGUGUUCAGCCCACUCCGCCCCCUGCAUUUGACUUUGUUCAUUCUUAUGGUGAAUAUCUGAAUCCACGGGCUGGUGGAAUGUCCUCCAGAUCUGGCAAUACAGACAAACCCCGACUACCACCUCUACCUUCAGAACCUCCUCCACCACUUCCACCCCUUCCUAAGUAAAAAAAGAAAAAGAAGAGAAGAAAAACUUUUAAAACAUGGUUUUUUUUUUGGUUUUGUUUUGUUUUUUUUAACUACUGAUUCUGAACUAAGAAAAUUACUUCCCUAAUGAAAUAUGUCUCCCUUCUUGGACUAGGGAAUAAAUUAAUAUAGAGACAUAAGUGGGAGGAUGGUAGAGGACCUUGGUAUCUGCUGCCUCAGAAAUGUAACUAUUUUAUAGUUUUUACUGGUAUUGGAAAGGUGAGACUGUGUUGAAGCUGUGAAAGAUUAAGAAUACUUUCUCUAUUCUUGGCCUCUCCACCUCUUAAUUAGGUUGAUUAGAGUUGAUAUCUUCCCUCUUCUUGCCAGGACUGAAAUAUGGAGGGUUUGUUAUAUCAAACAGUUGUGGAUCCUUUGGUGUUUAAUAUGUCAGAAGAGAGGAAGUAUUUAAACGUCAAAAUCUUUUAAGAGACUUUAAAAAAAUAAUUUAAAGAAAUCUGUUAGAGAGAAUACGGUGUGGCCGUUAGAACUUGAAGGAAGAGGCAUGUAUUCGACAUGAACAAAGGUGGGAUUGAGGAAGAAGGUUUGGAGAGUAAGGCUGGCUUCUGCCAUACAGAAUUGGGUGUAUCUUUUUUUCAAGUUGGCCUUUGGGAAAGUGUUCAAGUGAGAGCAGUCUCAGGGUCUCUGAUGGGAAGGGGUGUAUACUAUAUGUCCUACCUGUGAAAGCCCAGACCAUGUGUCAGAAUAGUUCUGGGAGAAGCCAUGGAGCUAGAGGAUCCUGAAAACCAUGAAAUUGUGACUUGGGAUUUUUGGGACAUUGUAUUUUAAAUUAUAUUAUAAAUGUGAGACUUGCUUUUUAUUUGUAUAGUUGAAGGGAAACAGCUGCAUCUUCAGUUUUUGCAGCCUAUAUGUCUUCAGAGAUCGGAGCUUGUGAAUUUAACAGUAUUGGUGCCAUGAGGGUGAGUAAGCCUAGCCCACAUAUACUGUUAUGUUUAGACUGUCCAUUCUUGGUGGAUUUAGAUGCUAGGCAGAGGUUCUUCAGAUUUCUAAGAAUCCUUUUAAAAAAAUGGACAAAGUGUCUGUUCUUAUGGGUGCUUGAUAUCCUAGAUAUAAGGAGUGACCAUUUUUGUUGAGGAAAGAAAUCUUUUAAGGGGCCAAAAGAAUUCUAAUAAACCAAGUUGUCUACUGAAAAUACCACCUAGCCCAGAUUAUUUGAUGUGAUAUUCUUUGGUCUUCAUGGCAAUUUUUUGCUGUAGACAAAUGAUGCAAUUUGAAUUUAUCUUGUUUUUAAUGCAGCUUCCUUCACACCAAAUAUUUUUUGUGGACAAAUUGAAAUUUUUUUAUUGGAAGUCAUAGGGAGAUAGGAGUUGUACAUGUGCUGCUGCUUGCCAGGAAGUUUGGGGAGAACACUGAAGCAGUUGGAAUUGAUGAUGCACUGGCCUAAUAUAGGUACAGUAAACCUAACUGAAGGUGCAUUAGUGUCCAGCAUCUUUUCAUAUUUGAACUGUCUAGAGUGCCUGUCAUUGCUGUGUAAAUGAGCUAUCUGCUGACCUAUAAACUAGUAUUAUUUUUUACUUGGAAUGUCACUUCACUUUUAUAGAUGAAAUUUUCUUCUUUCUCUUUGAUAGUAUGUGUUGUGCUAAUCGGUAGAUGUGUGGUGUCUUUACUAAAUACAGGCUUUCUAUUUGUUUAGAUUUUAUUUGUGAAGUUUGCUUUCCUUCCUGACCUUCCCAGAAGGUUAUUUAGUUGUCAUCUGUAUCUUUAUGGGAUUGAUGAUCACUGAUUUGAUUAUGAAAAUGUCUUUUCCAGCUUUUGAUUUUUUUUCAUCAAACGUCCCAUAUUUUCUAGUCACGUGCACUCUCUCACCACAGAGACAUAGCCACUUGGCCUCAUUGGCAUUUCUCCACGGCAGACUAGUUAGUUGCUUGGAACUUUGUCAGGAGUGAAUUAGAAAAAAGUGCUUACUAGACCCUAAGAGCUGCUUUAUGCUUGUGUAGUCUGGCCUAAGCACUACUAGAUCAUUGGUAUAGAUCAGUUUAGAGACUUCUAUAUUAAUGCCUCCUGAUACUGUUUUAAGAUACCUACCUUGUCUGCUUUAGAUCUGUGCAUAUGUCAUGAACCACCUGUGGGCUGUGCAUGAAGCUGUUGCAUUGUCUUUGGGUUAGAAGUGUGCCUGUCAACUAGCAUGCAGGUUGUCCAAUUUUGCACAAACUUAGGCUUCAGUGGGUUGUGUGGUUUCUAAACUGUAUCUUCUCUAUCCCUCACACUUUCAAAGGGUGAGAAAUGGGGUUUAUAUAUCCAGAGUUAGUCCAGUAAACAUGGCUUUCCCCUCCCCUCCUUUUAACCUAAACUAUCAAGGAUAAGUGGUGGUAAGCAGGCCUGGAGCCUCAAGUUCUGUAAAUCUCAUUCCUAAACUUUGCUUGAAUCUCAUGUUGGCAAAACAAAUACCUGUGGAUUGUCCUUAGGGCUGUUAAUCAAUACCUGUGUUGCUCUUAGCUGAACUCUAAUGAAGCAUUAAUCUAAAGCUAAAUUGGUCUUCAAAAGUAUCAGUUAUGCUUUUUUGGUUUAGAAAAUACAUGAAUUAGUUCAGUCUUUUAAAUCAUGAAUCAGUGUGUUUCCAUAUCUGAGCCUCUUAGCUGGCUGCUGCUGCUGCUGCUUCUUUUUAAUGAUUUUAGUGUUUUGAUUUAAUGUAUUCUUUUUUAUAGUUCUGUAUUAUUGGCUUCACCUGUGUUGAUAGAAAUAAAAUCUCUAGUUGGAAACAGCAGUGCAUUAGGAUAUAGAAAUAAAAUCAUGGUAACAUUAGUGCUGGAUUUCCUUAAGCCUCUACUACCUAAUUCCCUGUAUUUGAAAUGUAUACCCCUCAUACCUUGCUUCAUGGACAAGGUAACUAAGGGGAGUUAGAGGGUCUUAUUCCAGUAGGGUUGGAUUUUAAACGUAUCUGUGUUUCCCACAGAAAUGUAGGAACUGUGGGAACUUGAGAAAUUAAUUACUUUUUAAAAGGAUUAUUCUUUUGUUGAUGAGUUAUUUUGAUACUAAUACUAGGAAAAGGGAGAUUACAGACCAUCUUAAAGUUGGAAUACAAAUACUAUUCUCUUGCAUUUGGGAGAAUUUAAGCGGUCUAUGCAACCCUUCAUGUGUUCAGAAAUAAGCCCUCUGCAGUCCCAUUAAACCUUCAGUGACUUUGAUACCUCCCCAGAUUUCUUGUGUUGCUGCUUAUUAACACCUAGCUUUUAACUGAGUAUUUGCUCCUGAUGGUUUAAGAAAUGUUCAUGUGGUAUCACCCUGUCAGGUUUUAUUUUUAUCUUUUUAUCCCUCUGGAUGUGAGUUUGAAACAAGUAUGGUACUGUAAUCUUACAUGAUAGAAUGGUCUAGAAUGAGAAUUAUUUCUUAGUGGGGCACCGUUCUGUUUUAAUGUUUCUGAAGUUUUAAAUAUGAACUUGGCAUUGGAAAAGGAAGGAAAGAAUGUUUACUAAAAAAGCAGUGUGUACUCUCCCCUGUUUAUGAGUAUAUAUUCAUGGAUGAAUGAAAAGAAGAGAAAGACUCUUGGGUUUUCUGUUGUCAUGUUAAGUGUGGAGAGGGAUGCUUGACAGCAUUCUAAUUGAAGCCAGAGUAAGUAUGGAUUCAUCAGGCUAUCAGGAAGUCUUCAGUGAAAAGCUGAGGAUCUAACUGAUUAGUGGUUGAUCACAUUGGAAUUGAUUACAAGAUGGAGGUGCUGGUUGGGUUAAGCACCCAAAGAAAAGAAUGCAGCAGCCUAACUUAGUGUUAACCUAGGUUUCUGGAUUUGAAACUGACCUUUUUCCCACUUUAACUCCACACUCCUAAAAUUGUUUGUUGUUGUUUUUUUUAUCAGACCAAAGAGCAAAAGAAGGAAAAAAAAAAAAAGUAAAACACUUUACCAAUCUGUGUCACUCAGGUACAAUUUUGUGGUGAAAUUUUUGUCUGUUUUCUUUGUAUUGCUCUUAAGAAUCCUUUCUCAGCAUAUUAUUCUGCUGUUGCCUCUGUCCUCCUUGGGGCAUCUCAGUUCUGGAUGCUACCCAUGGUAUCUCUACUGCUGUUAAGUGAAUGAUAGGAUGUUAGUGACCAUUACAGUAAGGGCUCUUUGUAAAAAAUUUAAAAAAUUGUUUUUUUUAAAUUUAAAAAAGGACGUUGUAUACAUUUUAUAGUCUGGCUAUCAGUUUGAUAAUAUUGCUGUCAAGUAUGUUUCUCAAUCUGUAUCCAUCCCAUCAAUAAACGUUAAUUAUAAAACCCUCA